AUGAGGUUGAUUAUGUUAAUUCUAGCUGUUACGCUGUGUUUCACAAACGGAUAUGAAAUUAAAGAAAAAGAUAUUUCAGAAGCGAGAGGCAAGGGAAAAUAUGCUCUACUGAUUCACUUCUUCUACGUCGCGGCAACUAAGUUGUUCGUCCUCAAGAUUAUAUAUGGAGCAAUAUUUUAUGUUAUUGUGUACAAAGCAUGGCAUAUAGUUUUAUGGUUGAUAAAAUAUAUGAAAGAAAACAAGCACGAACACUACGUCGAGUAUGACCACGGUCCGGUGUAUGAUUAUGAUCCGUAUGGUCACGACCAUCACGGUCAUGACCAUCAUGAUCAUGACCAUUACGGUCACGGACAUCACGUUCAUGACCACAGUUACGGUCCUAAUGAUCAAUACGGUCCGGAAUAUAAUGAGCCUUAUGGAGCGUAUGAACAACCGGUUUAUGGGAGGAAGGGUUAUUCGCAUAAGAGCAAAGUGUACGACGCUGAUGGUUCUUAUUCUGUACAAAGUUAA